AUGUGCAAUGGAAUGAUAGAGUCCAUUUCAAACGCCUUGUGGACCCACACCUCCACCUCUAAACGGUGCUUUUUGCUGGUGCUGAUACUGAAUGGAGUGUCCACUGGGCAGGGGUCAGGAUGUGUGAGGCCAUACAUGGUCCAGAACAGCUGGGUAAACCUCACAGAGACCAACAGGGGCUCGUUCCCUGUGGGCACAGUGCUGCAGUACAGCUGUGACCCUGGUUACCUGCCAGAUGGACCCAGCAUCCUCACCUGCACCACACUGGGACGGUGGUCCUCCGAACCUCCUCAGUGCAUUCGCAGUGGUGCGUGUCUACCCCUCUCUAAACCUGAGAACGGAGGCUACACCUGCCACCCCUCCCCCUGUCGACUGUUUUCCCACGGCACUAUUAUCGAGUUCCUGUGCAAUGAGGGCUUCGCUCUCAAUGGAGACUACCCCUACCUAACAUGUCAGGAUGGACAGUGGGACGGCCCCGUGGAGAUCAGUUGUGUAAGCAAAGGCUGUAUAAGACCCACCAUGGUGCAGCAUGGUUCGACUAAUCUUACAGACACCAACGGAAGCUUGUUCCCAGUGGGCACGGUACUGCAGUACAGCUGCGACCCUGGUUACAUGCUAGCUGGACGCAGCAUCCUCACCUGCACCACAGUGGGAGACUGGUCAUCUUCACCUCCUCGCUGCACACGCAGUGACGUAUGCCAGCCUCCUUACACACCAGAAAAUGGGGGUUAUACUUGCCAUCCCUCCCCGUGCAGGCGCUUUUCACAUGGCUCCGUGAUACAGUAUUUCUGUGACGAAGGUUACGUUCUGAAGGGAGACUAUAAGUUCCGCACCUGUCACUUUGGGAAAUGGGACAACCUAAUGCCAGUCAGCUGCGUCAUUGAACAGGGUUGUGUAAGACCCUCUGUGGUGCAGCAUGGCUCAACCAAUCUGACAGACACCAACAAGAGCUUGUUCCCAGUGGGGACGGCACUGGAGUACAGCUGUGAUCCCGGUUACAUGCUGGAGGGACCCAGCAUCCUCACCUGCUCUGGGCUGGAACACUGGUCCUCUGAGCCUCCUCGCUGUACACGCAGUGAUGUCUGCCAGCCUCCAUAUGAGCCAGAGAACGGGGGAUACACGUGCCAUCCCGCCCCAUGUCAAAGACUGUCCCAUGGCAUUGUCAUAGAAUUCUUCUGUGAGGAGGGCUAUGUUCUGAAGGGAGACUAUAAAUAUCUUACCUGUCAAUACGGGGCAUGGGACAGCCAAAUGAAGCUGAGCUGUGUCAUGGAGCAAGAUCCUCAUCCAACUUUGCCUUUGGGGAUGCCGGCUCUGUCUAUAGUGGCAUCCACAGCCAGCUCGGUGGCUCUCAUCCUGCUGCUAAUCGUGCUGUUUGUUCUGGUGCAGCCAAAACUCAAGACUCUUCACCGACGAGAUCUGGGGGUGUCCGGGCAGCCGGUGUCAAUCAUGGUGGAAGGAGUCCAAGUGACUCUGCCCUCCUAUGAGGAAGCUGUGAGCAGCGGCGGAGCCACGACGCUCAGCUCUGAGUCUCGAGUCCAGAUUGUGCUGUCUGAGGGCCAGCAUGCCGCAGCACCAGAGGCCAGCCCGUCCCUGUCCUCCUCCCUCAAACAGCAACAGUCAGAGAUGACUCUGGUCCACCCUGUGCUGCCAUCCUCAUCCUCCUCAUCGCCUUCAUCUUCCACCUGGGUUCUGGAGCAUGGAGGUGCAGCAGGGGGAACCUCAUCUUCAAGCAGAAGGCCAUCUGCAGUCAGCGACCAGCAUAGCCUGUCGUUAGACUCUGAAAUGGACUACUCUGAUGAUAUGCCACUGCUGAAGGAGGCCUGA